AUUGCUCUGUGUUCGGCUCUCUCUCGGUGCCCUGGACUCGAUCGACGCUCUCCGGUUUGACGAGUAGAGUCUGUGUGUGAACACAGUGCAUGGCUGAAUUGUAGGAGCUUCACUGCGAUUUAAAGCUGUCGGUCAGUAUGGGUCGGCGCUCCUCUGAUAGUGAGGAUGACAGCCGGAGCAGGAGGAAGAGAAAGCAGCGUUCACGCCGGUCGUCCUCCUCCUCCUCGUCCUCGUCUUCGUCCUCCGGCAGCAGGGUGACCAGCAGCCGGAGUCGGAGGUCCAGUCGACGGAGCCGCUCUCGCUCCAGAGACAGGAGGAGAAGGAGACGUUCCAGCAGCAGUUCAUCUCACAGUUCCUCUCGCAGGAGGAGGAGUCGCAGUGCGGAGAGAGACAAAGGGAGGAGCCACCGCUCACACAGGUCACGCAGCCGAGACAGGAGGUCUCAUUCUCGUCACCGGCGGUCUCGCAGUAGAAGCGGCAGCCGCAGCCGGCGAGGAAGCCACGGCCGCAAAAGGAGCCGCAGCCACAGUCGCCGGAGGAGCCGCAGCAGAGACCGGGACCGGAGCCGGCGCAAGGGUCGUGACCGAGAGAGGGAGAAAGAGAAGGAGAGGGACAAGGACAAGGACAAGAGUAAAGACAAGGCAGACAGAAAGGGUGCGGGAAAUGUGUUGUUGUGUUGCAGGGACGCCGGGAACAUCAAAGGCAGAUUAGAACAUCUGACUCCAGCAGAGCAGGCUAAAGUUCGAAUGCAUAUGGUCCUACAGGCUGCAGCUAAGACGGACGAGGUGCUGAAGGCUAAAUUAGCCAAGCGAGAGGAGGAGGCCCGCAAGAAACUAGAGGAAGAGGGAACUUCUGUGGAGGAGCAAGUGCGAAGGAUAAAGGACAUUGAGGCCAUCGAGAGUGAUUCCUUUGUUCCUCAGGCUUUCAAAUCAUCCAGGGAUGAUAUAAAGACUGAGCCAGCUGAGCUGAAGCUGGAGUUGGACCGAGCGCAUUCUCCGGACGUCACUCUUCCCAUGUCCAUAGUCUACAAUGACACUGACACACUCGCCCAUCCCAGUUUGUUUAUGGACAAGGACAAGGCCGAAGAGCUGUGGCUCAACAGACUGAUCUCACUGCGGCAGGAGAGGCUCAUGGGAAGUCCUGUGACCUAAUGGACCCCAGGACCCCAGAAGGACCCAUCCUGCUCCUUUGAUUCCUGUUUCAGUUGCUUCUGUUGUGUCUGAAUCCCCCCAAUAAGUCAGUCGUGUGUAAAGACAUGACAUUUUGUACUUUACCCUUCCACUGAUUUCUUUGACCUGUAAAAACUUGAGAAUUUGAGCAAAUGAACAGUAUUUUUUUUUUUUUUUGCUCCUGGUGUACCGAUUAUUUUAUUAUUGUGAAUGUAUUUGAAUAAAACAAUCUGCCGCCUGCUUUAUUUUUAACAGUUGAGGUUCUUACAGUCAGAUAAGUUGUUGUCUGUUUAUGUAGCAUUUGACACAUUUUGACUUUUGUAAUUAAUUCAGUAAAUAAAGACAGCUGUGGUUUGUUUUUU